AUAAAAUGCAGGUGCUCCAGUCGCCAAAAGGAGGUCUACAGGGCACAAGUUUACCACACUUUUGAAUAUUCAGGCCCCAAUUAUAAAAUGAUCAAAUUCGUCCUACUGCUCCUCUUGGGGCUGACCUACACUCCCGCAGAAGGGGCGUGGACGGUCGAUCCUCCAUAUUAUGGACAAUAUUACGCAGGCAUGGGAGGUGUCCGUGGGUUAUGGGUGGACCCGUCUGGUGAUCUCUUGGCAGAAGCACGCGGUCAUGUGCACGUCGUUUACGAAGAGGAUAAUGGCGACGGAACCAUUGCCGUCAGACAAGUCGAGAUCAUCACUGCCGCCGGACUUAAUCUGAACCACGGUGUCACCUUCCACGACGGUCAUAUCUACGCCUCCAGUGCGGUCAGAGUAUUCAGGUGGCCUUACACGCCUGGAAGUCGUACAGUUGUUCCAGAUUUGUCAGAAAUUGUGGUCAAUAACAUUCCUUCUGGUGGCCAUGACACGAGAAGCAUGAUCUUUGAUCCGCAAGGGAGACUCAUUGUCACGGUCGGAUCUGGUGGAAAUGUGGACCAGAACUCUAACCGAGCUCGAAUCCGUAGGUGCACUCUGGCAGGACAGCUUCCAAUUCAAUUUGAAGAUUGUGAGGUUUAUAUCGACGGACUGAGAAACGAAGUAGGACUCGCGUACGAUCUGAACGGAGUUCUACACGGUGUGGGUAAUGGGGCUGAUCAGCUGAACCGACCCGAUAUCGGCGGCGAUAUUCAUAACGGUAACCCUGCCGAAGAGUUUAACCGAUUUGACCGACCGACCGGACAACAUUACGGUUAUCCAUACUGCUUCUCAACCCACAAUUUGGCUGGAUACCCGAAAGGCGAACAGUUCGCGUGGCCGUCAUUCCUUAACGAUGGAAUCCACGACGACGCGUGGUGUAGGAACGUGAACAACAACCAACCCCCACUCAUCGCCAUGCCGGCCCACACCGCCCCUCUGGGUCUUGAUUUUUACAAGGGUCAAAAUUGCGACGGAGGUAAUGGAGCGUUCCCCUGCAGCGUGACUGGUGACGCGUUCGUGGCGUUGCAUGGAUCGUGGAACAGUGACAUCCCCGUCGGGUACAAGGUCGCAUGGUAUCCGUUCUCCAAUGGUGAACCCACCGGUGAAGAGAAGGACAUGGUUUACGAUCCAGACACCUCUUUUAGAGCUGUGAAUGCCGUGUUUAAUAAUAAUGGACAUUUAUUGGUCAGUGCGGAUGGAAAUGGGUUCAUUAUCAAGGUUACCUACGGCAUGCCAGCGAAACCAAUUCGAAACGAUUAAGAAUUAAAGUAGUAAAUAAACGGAAUUUAUAUAUUGUCA